AUGCCAUCGAAAGCCGCACAAUUCUUGGAAACGUUGGCUGCCCGUCGCACAAUCUACGCUCUCAAGCCUGAGUUGCCUGCAAAUGUGGAAUUGCAAAACGUCAGAGAUGCAGUGCAAGAAAUCAUCAAGCAUACACCCACCUGCUUCAACUCCCAGGGAAACCGAGCAGUCAUUUUGACUGGCGAAAGCCAUAAAUGUGUGUGGGACCAUGUGUACAAAACUAUCCCAAUUGAGGCCUACAAAACCAGACCGCUUUCAGCCAGAGAUGAGGCGCUAGGAACCGUGGUUUUCCUUGUGAACGACGCCAAGACCAAAGAAAUGCAAGAAGCGUUCCCCGCUUGGUCAGAUCUUUUCCCCGAAUUCGUGGCUCAUUCAUCGGGCUCGGCCCAAAUCUCUGCCUGGACAGCACUUGAACUAUUGGGUUUCGGUGCUCACUUGCAGCAUUUUAACGAGUUGGUUAAGGACGCUCUUCCUAAAGACACCGUUAAAGAAGAAUGGAAAGUUCAAGGCCAGCUGGUUUUCGGCCUUCCUGUCACCGGACCCAUUGAGAAAAGCUUCAUGGAAAAUGAAGUGCCACUACUGGAGUAA